AGCGACCUUCGCACUCCCGCAGAACUUUACCCACAAGCACGCGCAAUGAAGCGAAAGAUUAUCAUGCAUAUUGGCCCAACUAACUCGGGAAAAACUUAUGCUGCUUUGGAGCGAUAUAAAGCGGUAGACUCUGCCAUUUACUGUGGACCGUUACGAUUGCUUGCCCAAGAAGUAUAUCAACGGAUGAACGCAGCUGGGAUUGCAUGCAAUCUAUUGACGGGUGAAGAGCGACGAGUUAGUGAUGGAGUUGACAAAUGGAGUUGUACUGUCGAAAUGGCUUUGGUAAACCGAGAAUUUGAUGUCGCCGUGGUGGAUGAAAUUCAGCUAAUAGGCGAUCAACAGCGUGGAUGGGCGUGGACGCAUGCGCUUUUGGCACUACAAGCAAAAGAAGUGCAUCUUUGUGGCGAAGGAACUACGCUUGAUAUUGUUCGUAAACUAUGCAAAACAACUGGAGAUACGCUAGAGAUUAAUGAGUAUGAGCGACUGACCUCGUUAACUGUCGCGCAAAAAUCACUUGAAGGAAACUUUAAUCAAAUUAAGCCUGGUGAUGCUAUUAUUGCAUUUUCUCGAAAAAAUGUAUUUAAUGCAAAGCAAUUUGUGGAACUCAAUACGCCAUACAAAGCAGCUAUUAUUUAUGGUGGGCUCCCUCCUGAAUCUCGAGCCGAUCAGGCAAAAUUGUUCAACGAUCCAGAGAGCGAUCGUCAAGUAUUGGUUGCGUCAGAUGCCAUUGGUAUGGGCCUCAACUUGAAUAUUAGACGUAUUGUGUUUUACACAAUGCAAAAAUUCAAUGGAACCAAAAUUAUACCAUUGACUGUUUCACAGACAAAGCAAAUUGCCGGUCGAGCUGGGAGAUUUGGCACACAAUGGGAAAAUGGCCAAGUCACUUGUUUAGAGACCAAGGAUAUGGCUUUGCUGCAUGCAAGUAUGAAAAUGACAGCACCUCGUAUUAUGUCUGUCGGUAUUACUCCUACAGUUGAACAAGUUGAACAGUUUUCCAACUCGCUUCCAAACGAUACUUAUGCUACACUUUUGGACAAAUUUGAAGAUCUUGCUCAACUUGAUGGUAAUUACUUUAUGUGCAAUCUUGAUCACCAUCGUGCCAUUGCAAAGCUUAUCCAAACCAUCCCGUUGAAUAUUCGUGAUCGGUAUCACUUUGUUCAAUCGCCUUGCAAUCCCGAAGAGCCGUUUAUCAAGGCUGCAAUUGUCAAAUUUGCUCGUGCACACAGUAUGGGAGAAGAAUUGUCUCUGGAUCAGGUAAUGCUAUCUGAUGAGGAAUAUAUUGAUCACAGCGACAGCCCCACCACCAAAUUAAAUGCUCUCGAGGUAAAACAUCGAGUUACAAUUCUCUAUCUGUGGCUGAGGUAA